AUGUCAGAGAAGAAGGGGGACGAGGUCACAAUCGGGUCCUUGCCCAAGCUUCUCGAAAACGACACCAAGGUCAAGCUUGCAGGUGUUGAUGUCGAUGGAAUACUGCGAGGGAAGUUGAUCUCGAAGAAGAAGUUCCUGGGAAUUGCCAAGGAGGGCUUCGGAUUCUGCUCGGUCAUCUUCGGAUGGGAUAUGCACGACCAGACCUACUUCAGAGAAUUGAAGAUCAGCAACGCAGAUAAUGGAUACCACGACCUCAUUGCUAUUCCAGAUCUCAGCAGCUUCCGGAGGAUACCAUGGGAAGAUGAUGUGCCAUUCUUCCUAGUCAGCUUCUUUGACCCGGACUCAAGAAAGCCUGUAAGUGCAUGCCCGAGAGGUCUUCUUAAGACUACGGUCGACAAGCUGCACGAGAAGGGUUAUGGUGCAAUGGCUGGAGCCGAAUACGAAUUCUUCCAAUUCAAGGCACCACCCGCCGAUUCGAAUGCACCCCUUUCUGAACGGAACAACUCCUCUACAGUGACAUUCCUUCGAGAGAAUCCAGUCAACACCCUCCCUUCCCUGACCGAGGGCAUGUUUGGGUACAGUCUGACAAGGCCCGUACAUAAUCAAGAAUACUAUUAUGGCAUUUUCGACGCUUGCGAGAAGUUCAAUUGUGGAAUAGAAGGAUGGCAUACGGAAAGUGGCCCUGGAGUUUUCGAAGCGGCGUUAUCGUUCGGUGAGAUCCAACAAAUGGCAGACAAAGCUGGGUUAUUCAAAUACGUUGUUAAGUCGGUCGCUACUAAAUAUGGGAUCACUCCUUGCUUCAUGGCAAAGCCAAGGCAAGGCUUACCAGGAAACAGCGGGCAUAUGCACAUUUCGAUCGUCGACAAAAAUGGGAAGAACCUCUUCGCACGGGAAGAGAAAGAUACUGAAGCAAAAUAUAAAGAUAUCGAGAAUCUGUCAGACAUGGGGCGAUAUUUCCUUGCUGGUUUGCUCGAGGGCCUGCCGGAUAUCAUGCCUAUAGUUGCGCCAACAAUUAACUCCUACAAACGUUUGGUCGAGAAUUUCUGGGCUCCUGUAACUGUAUCUUGGGGCCUCGAGCAUCGGGCAGCCUCAAUUCGACUAAUCGCGCCACCAACCUCGAAACCAGGAGCGACGAGAUUCGAAGUUCGCGUUCCAGGCGCUGAUGCGAACCCGUUUUACGUGCUUUCUGCGAUAUUGGCCCUAGGCUGGAGAGGCGUGGAAAAGAAAUUGGAGAUCAAGCAGGCGCCCCUUGGGAAGGGCCAGGACGUUGGCGGCAAGGCGGAUCCUGGGGUAAGGCUCGCGAAAAGCUUGAAGGAAGCAACGGAGAGAUUUAUGAGACCCAAAAGCAUAGCAAGGGAGGUUUUUGGGGAUGAAUUCGUCGAACAUUAUGCGGGAACAAGAGAGCAUGAGAUACGACUCUGGGAUGAAGCUGUGACGGAUUGGGAAGUACGAAGAUACAUAGAGACGGUGUGA